AACUUUUUUUACUGUGUGUGUGAUAAAAGAGCUGGAUAAGACGUAGAGAAAAGUAUACCUGAUCCCGAGUCACAGCAGUACAUAGUGGUAACAGAUACACAAUGGCGGCUCUCAACGGGAAAUGGAAGCUAAUGAACGUUGACAACUUUGCUCCCUAUCUUGAUGCCAUAGGUGUAACAGGGGAGGAUAAACAGAAGGGACUGCAGGGACUAUCUGCCGAUAACAACAUCGUACAGGAAAUUUCUAUAGACGGCACCUCAAUAACUAUCAAAACUAUAACACCUAUCGGAAGUACUGAGAUAAAAGCCACAGCCGGCAAGGAGGCGGACCAGGACUCGAUAGACGGGCGGAAUCUUAAGGUGAUAUUUACCAUCGACGGAGACAAACUGGUGGAGAGUCAGACUGGGGCCUACACGUCCACCAACACCCGGUCAGUGAGCGGGUCAGAUAUGACAAUGACGAUGACGUCAGGGGACGUGACCUCUACCCGGAAAUACCAAAAGCAAUGAGACUUUGAAACCAAUGUACAACAGUGCAGCUAAAAAUGUGCGAUAGUGUUUGCCACGUUAUUGUAGAUAACCAGAACAUUUGGCUCUUGCUUAACUAGUUUUAUGAUAAUAUGGCUUUGUCCGGCCGUCCGGCGUAAACUUUUUUGUCCGAAAAUCUCUUUCUGCAUUAAUUAACCGAUCUCUUUGCAACAUAAUUUGCAUUUUAAUCAUGUUAUGUAGUCGUGAUGCACUGGAAAGAUUUUAUAUUCAACUCUUUUUGCCAAAGUUACUUCACUUUGUUUAUUUUGGUAUUUGAUUUUUGUCCAGAGAUCUACAUUUUUUACCGAUUACUUUGAGACGUAGGCCUUAUGACCAUAACAUGUACUUGAGUUUUCCUGAGAGGCAUUUUUAUUUGACCAACUUUGUAAACUUUAUUUAGUUUGUUUAUAUCAGUGUUUGAUUUUUGUCACGUGAAUCUACAUUUUAAAAUUUGGUAGAGUUUAUAAUCAAUAUAUCAACACGUGUUUAUUGAGCUGGAGCUAGACAAGUUUAGUAUUUUCCUGAUUACUGGCUUUCCUCUAACUAUUAGAAAAUGAAAAAUUGUAAUGAAAAUAAAGGUGACGAUUACAGUAUGUCACCUAUUACCACUAGUAAGGUGAUGUAAACUGUAUUUCAAUGCAAGUCAGUAUAUACAUGUAUACAUCGUAUCACUAUAUGGUAUUAGACAGGAGUAUGUAGUGCCGCACCGCUUGUUUGUUUCAAUAUUUGUUAGAAAAAACUUUUAUGUGUGCGUGUGUUUGUCUGCUUGCGAUAAUACUUGACAAUUUAUUACCCUUGAGGCAGUGCAUGUACCAAGACGUUUAUUUCUUGAACUGGAGAUUUAGCAAGUGUAACGUUAAACUAGAAUUUGAAUCUUGAUAAUAUUGAACUGGUAACUAACAAUUCCCAGUCUUCUCUUUUUCAAAUUCUAUCGUUAACAUUGCAGUACAGUAGCAUGUCCAUUAACUGUUAGUUUGCGUUUGUGUUUCAAGUUUGUUAUUCGUGCAAUAAAUAGUUCUUAUCGAACUGAGAACUUGCC